AUCAGACUUUAAAACAGAUGCUGAAGCGGUUUGUUAACCAAGAACAGAAACAUUGGGCUAAACUCCUCCCCUACCUAAUGUUUGCAGUAAGAGAGGUGCCUCAGAGCUCAACCGGGUUUUCUCCCUUUGAGCUCCUGUAUGGGAGGCAACCACGGGGCAUUCUUGAUCUUGUAAAAGAAGGGUGGGAGGAGCAAACAAAAACUUCCAAAAACAUAGUCAAGUAUGUAAUCAUGUUAAGAGACCGCCUGGAAUUGGUUGGUCGUUUGGCACAAGAGAACUUAAAACUAGCUCAGCAUCGCCAAGAGCAGCAGUACCACAAACAAGCAAGAAUUCUGACCUUUCGGCCAGGUGAUAAAGUACUGUUGCUACUUCCCACAUCGGAAUCAAAGUUGUAUGCUAAGUGGCAGGGGCCAUAUGAGGUGAUACGGGGAAUUGGUAGUGUGAAUUAUGAAAUUAGACAACCCGAUCGCCGGAACAAGAAUGAAAUUUAUCACAUUCAUUUGCUAAAACCCUGGAAUGAAAGAGAGGCCCUAUUUGUAGCAGGUGACAGUGUAGAAGAGGAUUUUGGUCCCACUGUCAAUCCACCAGCACCAACUCAUAUUCCGAUGGGGGAACAGUUACUUCCGGAUCAGAAACAUGAGCUCCACCAGGUGGUGGAAAGGUUUAGUGCUGUUUUUUCUGACUUGCCCGGCAGAACUAAUGUUAUUUCUCAUGCUAUUAUUACUCCACCAGGUGUCAAGGUCCGAGAGAGACCGUACCGGAUCCCGGAGAGUCACAGGGGUCCUGUCCACAAGGAGGUGGAGGAUAUGCUCAAGCUUGGAGUCAUUGAACCUUCCCGCAGCGAGCGGUGCAGUCCGAUUGUGAUGGUGGGAAAGAAGGAUGGCUCCACUCAGUUCUGUGUGGACUUUCGAAAGGUUAAUGGCAUCUCCAAGUUCGAUGCAUAUCCAAUGCCCCGGGUGGAUGAGCUCCUUGACCGACUGGGUGGUUACACCCGAUGAAGGACAAUAACGCUCGGAUAAAUCGGUGGUAUCUGGCGCUGCAACCCUUCCACUAUACUGUGAAACAUCGUGCGGGUAAGGAGCAUCAAAAUGCUGAUUUUUUUUCAAGGGAGGGGGGACCAUUGGGGAAUGUAGAGUUGGCCGAGUGUUCCUUCGGCAUCACUCUGAGGGGUGAGAUAUGUGAUAGAGAGAGAAAGGAUCGAUGCUGUAAAUCUCCCUCCCGAUUAGAAAGGGCGCUGUGUAAGGGGGAAGGUAAGCUGCCUCCUAGAUCUGCCACCUCGGUGGUAGGUGGAAACCGGAAGGUGACCAUAUUAGGAGGGGCGCGUAGCUGCAAGUACUCAGGACGAUUCCAUUGCAGUCAGCUGCGGGGCAGCCCUCUGUUGGAGAAACCAUGGCGACGCGUUGACUGCAGGGAGGAGUUUGCUGGGUACAAAGGGGAAGCAGCUACGUCAGUUCCUCCUCUUGUGCUGAGAAACUGAGCCACCAGCCGGAGCGUUGUGUUUUUUGGAUUACGUGUUGUUUGUUGUGUGUUUUCAGAGGCGGAGUAGGAGCGCGGGACUGCAGCCACGGAGCUAGUUCCAGACCACAGAGCACUACCUUCCCUUCACCAACAUCAGCACACCCCGUGUGGAUUACAAAGCACUUUCAUGCACAGGACACUCGGGAUUUCAUUGUGGACACUUUCUGUUUGUUUUUGUAUUUUUGUUUGUCAGCCAGCUGUGUUCCCCCCAAUACCCUCGCAGGUAAAGGGGGAGAAAUACUGUUUCAGGACUGUUGUUUAUUCACACACCACUCGCAUCCGUCACACACUCAGAAAACCAGCGCUUCAAUAACAUCUUUCGUUGCCAAAGGAAAAACGGAGAUCAAGAAAGUUACAUAUGCAGAGACCUUUUUUUAGAAAUUCAGAUUCAUUGAUAACAUGCAGGGCCGGAUUAACCUAUACACAAAUGGCGCUAUAGGGUAGGGCCCCCAGCAGAAUUGGGGCCAACGCAAGGUCACCGUUUGUUUGGGACAUUUUACAAAAACUGCAUGCUGGUGGACGGGCCCACACACACAGGAUGAGAGGUGGACAAAAGCUUGCUUUUGGUUAAUUUUGUUAUUUAAUGACAGCUAGGCAUUUCUUUAUCGAUUACAGCAUACCUGGUCCCUGAGUCUCUCACACAAGCAGCUUCCUGCUAAUGUACAAUACCAGAUGCCCCAUGCCCUCUACCUCCUGGGAGAGAUCCGUCCCUAGUCAUACGUCAGAGGCAUCAGUCUGCAGGAUAAAAUGUAUGAAUCAGGCUCAAUUUACGUAUUUAUUUAUUUCAGUUUUAGGGCCAAUUUAAAAACCUGUCCUGUCUCAAAUGUUCACAGUAUGCCUCUUCAAAUUUUGGCUGGAAUUUUAGAAAGGCAGAUAAAGGUAAAUGUGUACAAUGUGGGAGGCUGAAGGAAAUUCAAAUGUGGAUGUCUGCAGGUGGCAAGAACGGUUUAAGUCCAUUGUUUCUGUCGCUACAAAAGAAAACCCAAAAAGAAGUAAAGGACAGAAAAGUGAUUCACUUUUUUUGUUAAACUACAUUGUUUUGUUCUACUGAAUGCAAUGCUACUACUGGUCCGUAGAAGGAAUCUACGAACAGGUUUGGGAAAAAAAACAAAAAAAACAUUGUUUUUGUUUUGCUAUAUAUAUAUAUAUAUAAUUCUGCUGCUUUUGUAUAUAUUAGUUGCUGGACUUUCUGUUAAACUAACAAAACCACUGACACAUUAACCCCAGUGGAUGUUAUAUUAUGCACCUACUAACGCUUUUGUACUUUACUGCCUGGGACUGAAGCUUUUUUUAUGUCUGUGAUGUAUAUAUUGCAUCAUUUUCUGUUCUAUAUCCCCACAGAUGUUUGAAUGUUAA